UUGGAGGGAGGGGACCACAAGGAGCUCAGAACCAUGGCUGAGUCCAUCACCUAUGCGGAUCUACGCUUCGUGAAAUCCCCUCUGAAGAAGAGCCUCUCAGCUAGGCUGAAGCAGGACCCUGAGGUGGAUGAAGAUGGGGAGCUCACCUAUGAAAAUGUGCAGGUGCCUUCAGCCAAGGAUGUGUUCCCCAGCCCAGCUCAGCCUGGCCUUGGGGGACAAACAGGAGGGGAGAAGACAGAAAAGACAAUUACUGCACCUUAUUCAGUGACAUCACCAAUUAGCAGGAGGAUUCUUCCCUGCCCUGUGGCCUGGACACCAUACAUUUUCCUGAGCCUGCUGGGCACCUGUUUGCUGUUGGGGGUCACUACUGUCAGCCUGGGUAUUCAAUAUAUGCAGAUAUCUCACCAGCUCAGAAACACCAACCAGGUCCUGGAAGUCACCAAUGGUAGCCUAUGGCAGGAGCUCCAAAUUGGGGCUGUCGAGUUGUCAAGGAAGGAAAAGGAUCUGCACUCUACCAGGGAAGAGCUGGCCCAGAUCCAGCAGAAUCUGAAGGUAGAAAAGGAGCAGCACCAGGUUGCUGAGGACUACCUGCUGACCUGCAGGUUGGAACAGAAUAAGACAGAACUGAGCCUGAAGGACAAUAUGGAGGAGAAGAGAACCCUAGAAGAAAAGCUAAAAACCUUGCAAGAUAGGCUGAAGCAAAUCCAAUCCUUUCUCAAUUGCCCAUUCCAAAGAGUUGGCCAGAAGUGGAAAUUUUCUCAUCAUUUCUCAGAAUAUUGCUGUCCUUUUGGGUGGACACUAUUUAAGAACAAAUGCCUGUACAUCUCAAGCCGCAAGAAGAAUUGGAGCCAGAGUAACUCAUUUUGUCAAUCUCUGUCCUCACGGCUGCUUGUUUUGGAUACAUGGGAAGAGAAAGAAUCCCUAAAGCAGAUACUUAACAGAGAAAUUUUACAUGAUAAUUUCUGGAUCCAGAGGAUGACAGAUCGAAAUCAGUCAGCUCUGAGGGGAGCAUGGGCAGCGCUGAACCCCACCAGUGAGAAAGCAGAGUGGGAAUUUCAGGGGCCCCAACUUGAGAGAAAUACACAUAGGUGUUGGAAAUAUCUCUAUUACUACCAGUAUUAUGAAAACUGUAAUGAGAGUUUGCCCUUCAUUUGUGAGAAAGAAGCCAUCAAAUAUCCUGGUGAGAUGGAGGACCUCUUCUUGCACUGAGCUGGGCCCAAAGCUUCAGGAUUCAUCAUCUCCUCAAGUCCUCUAGGCCUAUUCCUAGAUUAAGGACUGAACAAACACUUCUCUAGCCAGUAUUCACAUCUGAUCCCAUCCUCUACUUCAAGUCUUGUUCGAGAGAGACUGGACCUCUCCUGGGGAGAGGGGGAUCAGUCUCAAGUAGGGGCAUUCGGAUUCUAGCAUCUUCACUGAGGCCCCUGGUCCACUCUUGGGCCUCCAUGAGAGGGAUUUUCUCUAGAAGAGUGGCUGAGAAGGGGAAGAGGAUACAUGGGCAGAUUGGGUGCGGGCGGCCCGGAG